AUGGUAUACGCGGCUCCGGCUGCCUCGUCGGCGGUCCAAGAGGCGGUGACCAACGUAACCAGCAGCGGCACACUGGGCGGCGAGGCUAUCUCCAAUGCCGACACGGUCGUCUCGUUGAUCGAGUGCUCCAACGAGCCGCCGCCGCCGAUGGAGAACGGCCAGCGCAGCUGGAGUGGCUCCAAGGCGCUGGACAGCAAGGCCACCUACUACUGCAUGCCCGGAUACACCCUGAAAUCCAGCAGUGGAACAGAGUUGAACGAGCUCGACAUCACCUGCGCCAUGGCCAGUCCUACGGUGUACGUCUUCGGCAACCUGGGCUCCGGCAACGUUUGCGAGAUGGACCCCACCACCACCACCACCACGACCACCACCACUACCACCACCACCACGGUCGCCACGACGACAACAAAGCCUAUGCCCAAAACAACACCCUACGUGCAUAAUAAGCACAGCACCUACACGAACGGACUGUUCCUGGAGGUCACCAUUCCGGCGGCGGCAGGCAUUCUGCUGGUGCUGAUCCUGCUUCUGCUCUGUGUCAGAAUCGACAGCAUACUCUACAAAAUUUGCGCAGAUAACACCAAGGCCUAAGACGCUGAACGGUGUCCAGCUGCAGAAAUUCCUCCAACCAAGAGUUUUGAAAAACUUCAAACACCACCGGGCCCGAAAUUGCGAUUGCUGCCCGAAAAGAUCUUUGCUGACCUACGUUCUCCAAUAACGGAUUUGAAACUUUCUGUGACACAGUCGAGUUCGUUACUCCGCACGCAAAAGGAAUUUUUUGUUCAGUUACGGCUCAUGCGCGAUCAAAUUUUCGUCUCAUGUCAUCACGUGCCAUGUCAUGCGGUGGUAAGGCAUGCGGUUUUUUCAAAGUGUGAAGCAGGUGGUAACGGAAGGAGAGAUGAUGUGCAGUAGCAACGGGUUUCCAAAGAUUCAUGCAUCAAAAGUGCAUGAAGAAAAAGUUCCAAGUACUAACUCCCCACGUUAGGCCGGGUCGUGUUAUGAUCUAGGAUCGUUAGUGUAGCAGUCACCAAAGUGCCUUAUUACCCGGUUAAAGUCGCGGUGGUUCUCGUCCACCGAUGACCCUGACCUGUUGGCUGGUGUCAAGUCGCGUUCUGUGGUGUGCUCCCAUGACUGGCCCCCUGAAAAUCAGCGUGGUCUGCGUUUGUCCCCCCGUCUGUCUGUGGAUGCGGCGGCGCUGUUGCCGCCGGUCGCCUGAGCGCGACAUUGUGGCUCUGUGUCGCAUCGUUCCCAUUGAAUAGCGUUGCAUUGAAUCGUGUUUCCGCUACCGUAGUGUGAGUGACUGUGCCUUGGACGUGGGGAUAGUCCGGUGUGGAAACGCCUCAAAAUGCCAUGGUCGGACAUUCCCUACGUCCAAUCCCAGCGCUAUCGCUAAUAUACGCAAUCAUCCG